AUGGCAGUUCCACAACAUAGAGUCCCUUAUUUUGCUAGAUAUACAAAGGAUCUUGGUACAGCAGACCCAAAAUCUGAAAUCACAUUUACUAUUGUACUUAAACUCAGAAAUGAAGAGUGGUUAAAGAAACAAUUGCAAGAAACUAGUGAUCCAAAGUCUGAGAGAUAUGGAAAGCAUUUGGACAAAAAUGAAGUCGAAGGAAUGACCAAACCAUCACAAGAGCACUUUGAUAGAGUUGCCGAUUUCUUGGGUUCCAAGGGUAUCCAAUGUACUAGAGAAGGCGAAGGAUUAAAGAUCAGAACAUCCAUUGAUAAAACAGAGGAGUUGUUCCAUACACAAAUCCAUAAGUUUGCCCAACCAGAGGGAAAAUUUAGAGAAUAUGAAUACAUGUCGAUCAGAUGUGUUCGAUUGAAUAGCUAUCGUAGUCAAGCCAAUUGCCACCACCACCAACGUUUUGAUCUUGUUGUUGUAGAAAGGUUCGAUAAAGAGAAUAUCGAACAAUUUGCAGAUAUUCUUUGUCAUACCGCUUUGAAGCUACAUGCUUAUUCCAUUAUCAUUUAUUUACAAAUAACAGUUGUGGUGAAAACUCAAUCAAAGUUAAAUUAUUUAUCAGAUGAUAUCGAUAGAAUUUGUCUAAGUUUAAUCUGUAAAAGAUUCUACCAAGAAAGAGAAAGUUAUCUUUGUUUAAGUACAAACCAAGGCUAUGGUGAACCCGGUAUCGAUAACUUUCAUUUACAAUCAUAUAAAUCAGUUUAUAAUCAAUCAUUACUGAAUAUCAAGAAGAAUUAUCACUUACAUAUUAUCAAUAGUUAUUUAUUGGAUCGUUUUCAAACUCAUACUCAUUUCUAUUUAAACAUAGAUAAAUUGGAUAGCGAUGUAACAAAGGUGACAUUUCAUAUCGAUCAAUUAGAUUCAAAUGUUGAAUACCUUUACAAAUUGUUGGUGGAUUCCAAUGUGACGAUAAUAGUUGAUUGUAUCACAGUGCAAUAUGGAUUACCUCGAAACCUCAAGGUGCUUAAGUUUAAAAAUGUUUUUAGCGAACAGUUGAAACCUGGAUGUUUUCCACCGACGUUGGAAGAGCUGACCUUAAACAACGAAUACGACCACCCAAUACAGCCAAAUGUGUUCCCCAGCUCUCUCACGAAUCUUAGUUUGGGAUUCGAAUACUGUAGGCCAUUGGGAGUGGGUGUACUGAAUGAAGGUCUAACAAGAUUGACACUUGGUCCAAACUAUGGCGAGCAAUUCGUACCGGGCGUACUUCCUUCGACUCUUCAACACCUGUUAUUAAUAAGUAACUAUCGCGAAGAGUUUGUAGAUGGUUCACUACCACCCAAUCUUUUAACUCUGCGGUUUAUCAGUUAUAAUAACGCCGGCGAUACUCUCACGGGUAGCAUGGUAUUACCAUCAACCCUGACCUCACUAAAAUUCGUUCCAAUGGCUUGCAUUCCUCACUUGUCACAACUACCCAACUUGAAGUUAUUGAUUCUCGAUGAAAUAUCUAGAGGUGAAGAAGAAGAACUACCUUUACUCAACCUAAAAGAUAUUCCAACAACGCUGACCAAGUUAAGUUUAUUUUCGACUUACAGGUUGCAAUCAGCAGUAUCUCCAUUGUUGAAGCGACUUAAUCUUGGUGAAUGUAUAUUCGAUGUCGAUGAAUUAUUCCCAGAGAAUUCGACCUAUCAUUUCGAUAGGCUAUCAAUCCAAAAGGCACCAGAGAAAUCAUUGAUUCGUCCGAAUCUUACAUUCAAAUCGAUGAACCUACUUUGUUCGUACGAGCUAAACAACAUGUUACCAGAGUGCAUUGAAUCACUGAAUUUCGGUGGAUACUACAGAAAGGAGAUCCAUUGUCCACUUCCAAGCGGUAUAAAGCACAUUCGUCUUUCACACUGCGAUACACUCAAAUGUGACAUUCCCCAGGGUGUUGAAUCAUUGGACAUUGGAGGUCAUCUCACCAAUGGUGGUAAAAUUCCCGUUGUUGUACCAGAUUCAGUGACAUCAAUUAUAGCAGACUGUUUACCAGAGGAUGACGCUAUAGCUUCUUUACCAAAGAGUAUCACCAACAUUUACAUCAGAGCAAAUACAGACGAACAACCAAACAGUCGUGAUUGUCAUAUUAGGAAACUAAACGAUCAAUAUUACUUGAUGGUUGGUCAACCAUACCAAUUUGGUUUCAUUGCAACAAUCUUCCACGAAUCAAUGUUUCUUCAUAAAAUUUUAAUUAAUUUUGAUAUCUAUACUUUAUUCAAAAUUUCAUAUAGUAUCUAUAGUUACUUUGAUAAAAAUGAAUACCUUGGAAAUUGGACAGCCAUCAACAGCGGCAAUUCAGUCGAGAAAAUCAACUCAUAUUACUUUGGAUAUGAACAUAGCUAUUCAACUGGUGAUGACGGUUUAAUUCAAAAUAAUUACCAAUCGUCGCGUGCCUGUUUGAAUCUCGAACACUUUGCAGAUAUCGUGUGCCAUAAAGCUUUAAGAUUACAAGCCGACUCCAUAAUCCUUUUUUAUACCAAUCAAAAAGGCAAAGACUACCAAUUAACAUUACUAGAUGAAGAUACCGAUAGCUUCGACACACACAAACUUAUUGAUAUCAUCAAACUAGGUGAUAAACAUUUAAUUAAUGAUUAUGAACAACAUUGGAAGAGAGGAAAACAACAUAUGUUUUAA